GUUCCCUUUGCAUUCCUUAAAAUGGGAGAAUGAGAGAACAAAAAAAAAUCAUGAACCGACGUUUGCGUUUUCGAGUUGUAAGAAAAACUUAUCAAGCUCUAAAUAUCUAAUUAUUGAACCAAUAUAUUAAAUAAUAUAAUUGAUGUUAACAGACGUGAUUUAGCAGAGUUCAGAAGUGUACAAAAUUGAAGAAGUAUGUUAUAAGUAAUUUGCUCAAUAUUGAAAUAGAGUUUAGUAGUAAUAUUUCACAAGGGCAGCGUAUGCCGAGUGUGCUAUGUGUGAAAGAUAUCCGGGAUACCUGUUCGGUGGGACUCCUGUCAGUAGCUGGGACAGGAGUUUCAACUCAUUGGAAAAUCAAAUACAACACCAGUACAGAGGUCGUCUGGGCUCCGGUGCGAGGUACUGGGGCAGCAUGUCUGAAGGAGGCGGCGUGUCGGCAGCCGGCGAUGGCAGCAGAACCAACCUGAUUGUCAACUACCUGCCGCAGUCGAUGACCGAGAAGGACCUGUACGCGAUGUUCAUGACUAUCGGACCUAUUGAGAGCUGUCGUGUUAUGAAGGACUUUAAGACUGGUUACAGUUACGGUUUUGGUUUCGUAAAUUUCACGCGGGAGGAGGACGCUACGCGCGCUAUCGAGACCUUCAAUGGUUACCAGCUCAGAAAUAAACGGUUAAAGGUAUCAUACGCGCGGCCGUCAGGCGACGACAUAAAGGACACCAACCUAUACGUGACCAACCUACCCCGCGCCAUUACUGAGGAACAGCUGGAGACGAUAUUCGGCAAGUACGGCCGCAUCGUGCAAAAACAUAUAUUGAGGGACAAAGGCAGCGGCGCGCCCCGCGGUGUUGCUUUCGUCAGAUUUGAUAAAAGGGAAGAGGCACAGGAAGCGAUAGCCGCGUUAAAUAAUGUGAUACCAGAAGGCGGGACUGAACCAUUAAGCGUUAAGGUUGCAGAGGAGCACGGAAAACAGAAGGCAGCUUACUACGCCGGUUGGGCCGCGGGAUUUCAUCAUAAUAGAGGUGAUAUCGCAUGGAGUUGCGGCACGUGCAUGAUGCCACCGGAACCUUGGGAUGGAUUUCAGUCCCCCAAUAUGGGGGGCAGCCAUCCCGCCACACCUCGCAACGGCUGCAGGCCCGGCGCCUGCGCCAACCGCCCCUACCCCAACUACCUGCCUGGGAAGGCUACACCGCGAUCCAGAGCAAGAAACCCACACUGGAAUCCAGGUUUCGACGAGAGAUUCAAGAACCAGAGGUGCAGGAGCGGCCCCACGCCCUAUUGGUAGAUGACGUCACGCGAUCGUCUUGUGUUAUUCGAUCAGCCGUGUGACGUCACUGCUCCCAUGUAAAUAUAGUCGAAGAGCGGGGUUUUAACACUUUUUUUUCUUAUGUCUUUUAGAUUGUUAAAUGUGAUACGUUGAUGAAGUCAACAUAUUAAUGUAUGAUGUAUGAGAAAAUGAGAACCGCUGUCGUUUUGUGAACAGUCGAUAACUUUAUUUGAUGAGCCAUUUUAAAACUGUGCAAUUUGGUGUUUAAAGUCAUCAGUACCCUUAGUACGAGUUUUACAAUUACGAAAACUAUGAUAGUUU